CCUGUUGUGCGGAUCGCAGGGCCUUUGCCGUGCCUCGACCAUGUCUCUGCUCAAGCUGCGGAAAUUCCGGGCCCUGACCCUCCUCUUCUGCAUCAUUACGUUCACCACGGUGUUGUUCAACUACACUCUCCGCGAUCCGUCGGGCUACUUCCUCAAGUACGCCUUCCGCCUGUCCGACAGCCUCUUUCCCAAAGGCCCGUGCGGCUGCAGGCGCUGCCUGGCAGACCUGGAGGAUGACCCCUGGUUCGCCGAGAGGUUCAACCAGUCCUUCCACCCGCUGAUGUCCAGGAAGGGCAGUGUGCUCACCGACGACACCUAUAGAUGGUGGCAGUGGCUGCAGGCUGAGAAGCAGCCAGCCAACUUUAGCGAGGUGGUGGACAAGCUCUUCCAGAUCAUUCCAGAUAAGGAUUUCUACAUGGACUCCGGGCCGGACCGCUGCCGGACCUGUUCUGUGGUGGGAAACUCUGGGAACCUCAAGGACUCUCACUACGGUCCUCUCAUUGAUGCUAGCGAUUUUGUCAUCAGGAUGAACCAGGCUCCUACUGAGGGCUUCGAGGAGGACGUGGGACGCAGGACCACCCAUCACCUCAUGUACCCCGAGAGUGCCGUGGACCUGGACAACAGGACCUGCCUCAUCCUCAUCCCAUUCAAGACUCUGGACCUGGAGUGGCUCAUCAGCGCCCUGACCACGGGGUCCAUCAAAUAUACAUAUGUACCUGUCAUGGCAAACAUAAAGGCCAGCAAAGAAAAGGUGAUGGUGUACAGUCCCAGCUUUUUUAAGUACGUCUUUGACACUUGGCUGGAUGGCCAUGGCAGAUACCCCUCCACAGGGUUUCUCACUCUCAUGUUCGCCAUUCAUGUGUGUGAUGAGGUGAGUGUGUUUGGGUUUGGGGCGGACCAGAACGGAAACUGGCACCACUACUGGGAAGACAACCUCUUGGGCGGUGCUUUCCGCCACACGGGCGUCCAUGACGGAGAUUACGAGUAUAACGUUACUAUGCUGUUGGCAGACAAACAGAAGAUCAAGCUGUUCAAAGGGAGCUGAAGUCACACCAACAGGGGGGGGGGGG